AUGACGAUCACAACUUACUCUGCCAAAUCCUCAGUUGCUCUCCUUUCCACAACCCUCCUCCUGCUACUAAUCUCAUCAAGCUCUUCCACUUCUUUCUCUACCAAUAUUAAUGUCCUUAAAUCUGGCCAAAGGCUUCACAGUGGGAGCUUCCUUUCUCUUGGCAACUAUGUCUUCGCCAUGCAAGCUGAUUGCAAUCUAGUUUUAUACAACAAUAAUACUAUCCUUUGGUCCUCAAACACUGGUGGAAAGGGCAAGAACUGCUAUCUCUCUUUGGAGUCCGACGGCGAGCUCCACAUCUAUGGUGAUGGUGGAAGAAAGGUGUGGAGAAGCGAAACCGGAGGGGAAUAUGGCGACCAUGCACUCGUCCUUCAACCCAAUGGUAAUGUUGUGAUCUACGGAAGCCCAGUCUGGUCCACCGGCCUAUCCUAUCAAACACCUAAUACCGACAAUUAUGAACAAAAUACUAUCAAUUAG